UGGCAAAAACAAGCCACUUCCUCCUCGGCCUCGGGAACGAAAGAGCUCGACUGCUGGUCCUGGGACCCUCCUCGCCGCAGGAUGGGCUUCUUCUUCCUGCCCAGCCUUUCCCCAGAAACCUGGGUGCUGCUUCUCGUCUUCUUGGUCCUUCUGGGGCUCUAUGGGAUUUGGCCAUACAAUUUCUUUAAGAAGCUGGGAAUUCCUGGUCCAAGGCCUCUGCCCUUCAUCGGGACCUUUCUUGAAUACCGGAAAGGGAUUCUGGAUUUCGACAAGAAGUGUUUUCAAAAGUAUGGCAAAAUCUGGGGAAUUUUUGAUGGCCGGCAGCCCAUGAUGGCUAUUCUGGAUCCUAUCAUGAUCAAAACCAUCCUGGUGAAAGAAUUCUACACCCAUUUCACCAACCGCCGGGACUUUGGCUUGAAUGGAGAUCUGGACACCUCAAUAAUCACUGUCCCAGAUGAGCAAUGGAAGCGGAUUCGCACCGUCCUCUCGCCCACCUUCACCAGCGGGAGGCUGAAGGAAAUGCUCCCCAUCAUCAACCGAUACGGAGAAAUGCUGGCGAAGAAUGUCCAAAAGAAAUCAGACAACGAUGAACCCAUGGACAUGAAAGACAUCUUUGGUGCCUACAGCAUGGACGUUGUGACCAGCACCUCAUUCAGCGUUGAUAUUGAUUCCAUGAACAACCCCAACGAUCCUUUCGUCAAGAACAUCAAGAAGUUCCUCAAGUUCAGCUUUCUGAAUCCAGUGAUGAUUCUGAUAAUCAUCUUCCCAUUCCUCACACCGCUGCUGAAUAAACUAAACUUCACCCUGGCAUCUACUGCCUUCUUGGACUUCUUUGUUAAUGCUGUCAAAAAAAUCAAGAAGGACCGUCAAAAGAACCAGCACACGGACAGAGUUGACUUUCUGCAGCUCAUGGUGGACUCUCAGAUCUCAGGCGACGUCUCCAGUGAAGCAAGUUCCUAUAAAGCUCUGACUGACAGAGAGAUUAUGGCCCAGGCCAUUAUAUUUAUUUUUGCUGGUUACGAGACCACCAGCACCACUCUCAGCUUCCUGUCCUACUGCCUGGCCACCCACCCAGAUGUGCAACAGAAGCUGCAGGAGGAGAUCGAUGAGGCUCUUCCCAAUCAGGCCACUCCCACCUAUGAAGCCGUCCUUCAGUUGGAGUAUCUGGACAUGGUAGUGAACGAAACGCUUAGGCUUUAUCCUCCCGGAGGGCGGAUUGAAAGAGUUUGCAAGAAUACUGUGGAGAUCAACGGAGUGAGAAUCCCCAAAGGAACAGUGAUCAUGAUCCCUGCCUUUGUCUUGCAUCGUGACCCGGAACAUUGGCCGGAACCGGAGGAGUUCAGACCCGAAAGGUUCAGUAAAGAGAACAGAGAAGCCAUUGACCCGUACGUCUUCCUGCCCUUCGGUGCGGGUCCCAGGAACUGCAUAGGAAUGCGCUUCGCCCUCCUGGUCUUGAAAGUGGCGGUGGUGGUCUUGCUGCAACGGUUUUCCUUCCGCCCCUGCAAAGAGACUCCAAUCCCCCUGGAACUGGACAGCAAAGGGUUCAUGAAACCGAAAAAGCCCAUCAUGCUGAAGCUGGUCCCCAGAGCCGUUGCUUCUCCAGAGGAAUAAAGGAAGGGGACGCAGCAAAGAAGCAGAGGCAGAAGUAGAUGCUGCCUCCCAAUUCCCACACCGUGUUGCCUUCACCUCACUGAGGACUAGCGACUUGCAUUGACAAAACUGCAUAGAGGAAGUUCAUGCUUUGAUUUCUCAGAGUUUUACUGACCUGAUAUCUCUCUGUUUACUUAAGCUUACAUGGUAAGCAUGGUAAAAAUGAAGACCUUCAUUUUUUAGAAAUUACCUUAUAAUUAGAUUUUAU